AUGGAAGUCAUCAAAGAAGCCUUUGCAAAAUGCAAGGCCGAAAGCCGUGUUGCCUUGAUCACCUACGUGACAGCUGGCUAUCCCACCGUGGGCGAAACACCGGAUAUCAUGAUGUCCAUGCAAGUCGGAGGUGCAGACAUCAUCGAGCUCGGAAUUCCCAUAACCGGCCACCCCAUGACUGAAAGCUCAACCAUUCAGCAGGCCAAUGCCAAGGCCCUCGAGAACGGCGUGCAACUUCCACACAUCCUGCAGAUGGUCAAGUCAGCCCGUAAACAAGGUCUGGCUGUUCCUGUGCUGCUGGUGGGGUACUACAACCCCGUGCGUGAAUAUCCGUACGGAGAGGAUAAGCUACUUCGAGACUGCAAUGCUGCUGGUGUAGACGGGCUCAUCAUUGUUGAUCUUCCUCCGGGGGACAUAGUGCGUUUCCGUGAUCUGUGCAAAUCCAAAGGGCUAUCGUACAUUCCCCUCGUUGCUCCUUCCACCCCUAAUUCUCACAUGGGGAUGCUUCUUUGCAACAUCGCUGACUCAUUUAUUUGCAUUGUAUCUAGGAUGGGAGUUAGCGGAACUCACGAGAAACCGUAUGGGUGUGCCGAAGAUCUGCUCCAUCGCGUGCAUGAUUGCACUGGGAACUCAGUCCCAGUAGCUGUUGGAUUGGGUAUCAGCACCCGACAGGAUUUUAUUGAUAUUGCUCGUGCCGCCGAAGGAGUUGUCAUCGGCUGCCCAAUCAUCUACUUACUGGAAAACGCGACUCCUGGAACUGGUGCUCAGAAGGUCAAGGAGUAUUGUCUUCGGGUUGCUGGACGCACUGAGGAUCAAAUUGUCAUACCAGAAAGAAGAAAGCAAGCUAGCCAACCCAUGUCUCCCACAACCGUCUACCUUUCCUAUGAUGGGGCAGGCGAUACACCCGAAGACACGGAAACGGCCACCAGUCUCAGAGAUACAAACGCUAACGUUGAAAACCUCAUCUGUCAAUACAUCCCACAAACCCUCAAGGAAGGCCUUGCCGAACUAGAAAACGGCUUCCAGGCAGCAAACGCAGACCCAGCCUUCUGGGCCGAAAUCAACUACUACGCAGGACACACCAACCGACCCUCCCCCUCCACCUAG